AUGGCACUCUCCACCCAUCCCUUCAAUCGGGUUGAUUUUAAACCGGUCCAGUCAGUCUGGAGAAUAGAAAAUGCACUGGGAAGGGGGCUUCGAAAAGAAGCCAAUGGCAUCACGCCAAGACUAAACAGCGAGUUCGUUGUCUCUGUCAUCGAAGGCCCCCUAAAGAUUGAGGGCGCCUACUCUCAUGGUAAUUGCCUUGACCGCUCCUCGCAAGUAAGACCGCGCUCUCUUCGAGUACUGCACCCAAGGAAUUUGGGAUUCAAGGAGAACCUGGACGAAACGCUGAACCUAUUGCGAGACAACCGCUUCAUUGUCCUGGUCCGCCAAUACGAAGUACUGGAGGUCGCGCGACGUACUGCUCAUACAGCUGUCUUUCGCUGGUAG